AAUAGUAAUGGAAAAUAUACACGUGCUUUCAAAAACCAAACUAAACAACCAUUUCAAAAAAUAAACUUGUUGCUACAAAUAACCCAGUUCACAGUUUUAGUUGAGUUAGAAAACAUUUGAUUCCAUUCCACCACACUAGCAACAAAAGAGAACAGAUCUACUUUCUUUGUUGUCCUAAAAACACACGUGUGGCCGCCAAAGUUGAAGAGAAAGAGAAUCCAAAUCCAAACCCAAUUAGUGGAGAGGAUUCUUACAUGUUAAGUAUGUCUAUUUUGAUAUAUAAUGAAGGAUCUAGAAUGAAUUAUAUAGAUUACCUUCCACGCCUAUAAAUAUGUAAUCAUAAUUCAUUUGUAAAUUAUCUAAGUGAAAAGCAAUACAAUUUAUUCUUGCUAUAACUUUUCACGUUGUUUGCUACUACUAUCUUUCAACUAUCAACUAAAGUCUUUUACACUAUCUAACUAUAUUCUAAACCAACACUACUACAUCAACUACUAACAGUUAUGGCGGCGGAAAUAUUACUUGGAGGUGCUGUUGGAGCUGCGAUGGGGGAGAUAAUGAAAGGUGCUAUCCAAAACAUACAAAAUGGUCGACAAUUUGGUCCAACUCUUGAGAUGAACGCAGAAACUUUGAACGCUCUGGCUCCUUUGGUUGAAGAGAUGAAAGGUUUCAACUACGUGUUGAAUCGACCCAUAGAAGAGAUAGAGAGGUUUGAGAAACAUAUAAGAGAAGGUAAAGAGCUUGAAAGAAAAGGCAAGAUGCUUACUCGAUGGAAAUUUCUUUGGUAUUCACAUUACCAAACCAAGCUUAAGAAGAAAGAUGAAGAUCUUCUGAGAUAUUUGGCUGUUAACAUGCAAGUUGAGAAUAGAAGAGAUGUGAUGGAGAUGUUGGCAAAGGUGAAUGGAAUUUAUGAGCUUAUUAUGAGAAAGGAGGGUUUAAGUGGUAAUCAAAUUUGGGGUUUAAAUGGUAAUCAAUUUGGGGGUUUGUGGGGUGUUCCUGGUGAAUUUGUGGGAAUGGAGGAGCCUUUAAAUAAUUUGAAGAUUGAAAUGAUGAAGGAUGGUGUUUCUGUACAUGUAUUGAAUGGUUUGGGUGGAUCAGGGCAAAACACUCUUGCUAAGAAGCUUUGUUGGGAUUCACAAAUCAAAGGCAAGUUUGGUGGAAACAUCUUCUUUAUUACCAUCUCAGCAACUUCCGACUUGAAGAACAUUGUACAACAGACACUAUUUGAACACUGUGGACUUUGGGUGCCUGAGUUUCAUAACGACGAAGAUGCAAUUAACAGAUUAGGACUUUUGCUGAAGAAAGUUGGUAAAAAUCCAAUAUUAUUAGUCUUGGAUAAUGUUUGUCCUGGCUCAGAAAGCCUUGUUGAAAGCCUUGUUGAGAAGUUACAAAUCCAAAUGCAAGAUUUGGUAGAUUGUAAGAUUUUGGUGACUUCAACCGCGGAUGCAUUUACAAGAUUUGGCACCCCGCGCGAGUUGUAUCCACUCCAACAUGAUCAUGCAGUGUCCCUUUUUCUUCACUUUGCUCAACUGAAUCACAGCAGCUCAUACAUGCCUGAUAAUGAUCUUCUCAAUGAGAUAGUGAAAGGUUGUAGGGGUUUACCAUGGGUGCUUCAGUUCGUUGCUGGAUUACUCUGUCGGCAGCCUUUUGAGAUGUGGCAAAAUAUGAAGGAAUGUUUAAACGGUCAAAUGAUUAUUUAUGAUUGCAUCCAACAUCCCUAUUUCGCGAUGCAUGUUCCCCACAGAGAACUAACAAUGAAUGGAUAUAGUCGUCCUGAUGAUUGGUGGAUGGGACAGAAUCAGCAGAGAAUCAUUGAUGGUGGCAAUGGCAUAAUGAAGGACAGAGCACCACCUAGGAGGAAGAAACAAAGUACAAUGAUGGAGGACAUAGUACUAUGGAGGAGAAAGAAAAUAAAUAUAAUGAUUAUAGUUGCGGCAACAGUAAUUUGGGUGUUGAUGGAAGUUUAUCAAUUUAACUUCCUAACUCUCAUGUCAUGGCUCACCAUAUUUGUUGUUGCUUCAAUGUUCUUCUAUUCCAAUAUGCUUAUACGUUUUGGAAAGGAACCACCAAACUUGUUGAGGUUGGAAUUGAAGGAAGAAACAGCUGUGAGAAUGGCAAAGACAAUUAGAGCAUGGAUUCGAAGAUCAAUAAAGUGGUUGUUUUUCAUUGUGAGCAGAAAGAAAAAUUGGCCUGAGUUUGUGAGAGUUGUGGCUAGGUUGUUGGCAAUCUCUUAUGUAGGAAAUUGCGUGGACUUCCUAACAUUCAUUUAUAUAGGUAUAUUGGCCGGUAUGACACUUCCUGCAACUUAUAUAAAAAACAAGGACAAGAUUAAAAGAUCAAUAUAUUGGUUGAAUUUCUACUUCAAAAGAUCAAUAUAUUUGAUGAAUUUCUCCUUAAGUGGAAACUACACACAAAAUAAAAGAAAAAAUAAUAAUAAAAAAGAAAGAAAGAAGAAAAGUAAAAGAGGUGUGUGUGAUUCUGUUGGGCUUGGCCAAACUGCCACAAAGUGAUGUGUGCACUUUGGUCCCAUCACAAGAAAUGGAUGUAGUGGUGGAGGAAGAAAUACAAGAGAAUUUAUGAGAUUAUAGAUGAGAAAGCCACUAGAAAGAUCAAAUGCAUAUACCAAAUGAGAAUGGGAAGAAAAUAAAGUGAUUUGGCAAACUCAGGCCAAUUUUUCUUUCUGAUCUGGAGUUGCGUGCUAUUAUUGUAAUUGUAAUAAAUCAAUGGCAAAUGCUAAAUACUGUUAAAGGAGCACUUGUUAAAAGAUUUAUAUUUAGAAAGUGUUUCUUAAAAA